AUGCACCAAAGAACGGUAGCACAAGUUUUUGCGAUUGGGCUUGCCAAUUUACAUGGACACCAAUCAACGGGCCAACCAAAUUGUAUUUUUACUCCUGUCUUUUUGCUAGCAUUAAGGUCUGCAGUCAAGAAGGGCUAUCUUCGUGAUGGGUAUAUCCACAAGUUUAUUCCGGAGGAUGCCCUUUCAUCCUUUCAAUGCAAAUUACCGAUUUUCAAUAGAGGGAAUUUUUGUCCUGCAAUGGGCCACUUCCCUGAAGAACACAUUGGCUCGCUCUCCUUUUUUGACAUUGAUUUCCAGGAAAUCAUUACCUCCAAGUUGGAGCGUCUUGGAAAAGAUUUCGAGUCCAAAUGUAGCGCGCAAAAUUCAACAUCAAGAUACAUCCCAAUUUCUGGAGACUUGAACCAGUUCAUCGAGCAUAUAGCCCCUUCGCUUUUAAAAGAGGGAUUCGACCCUGCGAUUCCUACUCUUGUAAUAACAGAGGUCGUUUUAAUAUAUCUCAGAGAAAAGCCAACGCUCCGCAUUCUCGAGUGGUUUUCGUCCACUUUGAAAAGCCCAUCCAUCGAUAUAAAUGAAUCUUCGCCUCUCAAGCAAGAGCAUCCCAAAGCGGCGCAAUCUCCCAAUGGGCUUUUUGGAGUUACAUUACACAAAGGCAGAUCCUAUUUUAUAACGCUCGAUCCAAGCUCGUUCUCUGACCCGUUUGGAAUGAUGAUGAUAAAAAACCUGGAAAGUAGUUCGAUUUACCUUGUUAACGAGCUCUUGCUUUCUGGCCGCUCUAAAUUCGAGGGUUCCUUGCGAUCGAUUGAUUGGAAAGUUUUGAACGCCUUUACCAUGAGAGAGGCCUAUGAAAAAUACAUUUCAAAAGACGAAAAGAAAAGGAUAUCUCUCCUGGAAUGGGUGGAUGAGCUGGAGGAAUGGAACCUUCUCAGCUCCCAUUACUAUUUUUCAGUAUUUGUUCUGGAAAAAGCGAAUGACACCUGA